AUGCCGCUCGACUCACAAUCUCCUCUACUCCCCAUCUCUACACCAACAGCCAUCGCAUCUCCCUACGAACAAACACAAACCCCGCAACAAGCCCCCACAGCAGCAAACCAUGUCCAACGCCUCGCCAUCGCGACAUUCUCCCUCGCUCGCUUCCUCCGCGGCGUCUCGCUAAUAGCAUACCCACGCUUCGGCCUCUGGGCCCUCGACAUAGCCCCCGAUGGCUCCGCAUACAUGCUCGCCAGCAUGAUAGGCAUCCGCGACAUUUUACUGUCAGGUCUUCUAUAUUCCAGCGACACCGCCAACGCAGGCGUCGACCAUGCCGCUCGUCGCGAAGUUACACGCGCACUAGCCACAAACCUCUUCAGCGAUGCGCUGGACGCUUUCGUGCUGAUUUUCUACGCUGCGUGGUCCGAUGACUGGGGCAAUCCUAUUGCUGUGAUUGUUAUCUCUGCCGUCAUGGCUAUUUUCGAGCAUUUGACGCUUUGGAGCUUUAGUGAGGAUGAUUGGAAUGCGCAUGAGCAUGGAAGUUUGGGAGACGAUAAAAAGGCGAGGAUGAAUGCUUGGUUGAGAGAGCUUGAGCGGUGCGAACCUGAGACAUAUCGACAUGAGCAGUCUGUUCCGCCUUCGUCGCGAGCUUCGUUUCGGGGAUAUGGAGCUUUGGUUUAG